AUUCAUGCCCAACUUGCUGUCUGUGUUGCCCCUCCGGAUUCUGGUAGAGGAACAAAAAGCGCACUUUCGCUGCAAUGUGUUGGUAAUGGUAAGCACAAACCACACUUUUAAGGAAUGAAAAUGACACCAACGUAGGGUGAAACAAAAUAAGCUCGGUUUUUUAUGAGAGCGAAGCGCAGAGCACAGAUAGAAAGAAAGCAAAAGGGUUUUGUUUUUGUGUGAAUUGAGAGAGUGAAGUGAUUUUCUUGCCUUCGCUUUUCACUGUCACGGGUAGUCUCAGAUCUGUGUAGCAAGCAAAAGGGUGGUGGUGAUUUGAUUUCACUGGAUGAGGAUUGAUGCUUAUGGCGUCUGAAACGGCGUCGUCGGCGGAUGAAGAACCUCUUGUUGCAAUUCCAGCUGCAGCUGCUGAUAAACGAGGCAAGCAUCGAAUUCUUGCGGAAUUGAAGCGUCUUGACCAAGACUCCAAGUAUCUUCAGGAGGAAUUGGAAGAGCUUGACAAAUCAGAAAAUGUAUCAACAAUAUGCAUGGACUUGCUACAAAACAUGGAUAGUAGACCUGAUCCACUACUCCCAGAAGUACAUGGACCUGUAAACCUCGUAUGGGAUAGAUGGUUUGAGGGGCCUCAGGAUCAGCAAGCAUGUAGAUGUGUGAUACUUUGAUAUGAAGCUGUGCGCCAGUCACCUUGUGUUGCAAAUAGAAUAUGACAUGAUACUGCAUAAAAGUGACUCUGAAACUGAAGAAAAUGUUCAAUGACAUUGUAUACAACGCAAACUAACUUUCAGAUAGAUCGGUGCUUUGUAUUACAAUAGUUUCUGCACCAAAAUAUCGUUUAUGUGUAAUCACAUUCAUUUAGUGCAUUCAAUUGAGAAGUAUCAUUAUUUGUGUCUGUCAUCCGAGCCAUAUGUUAAUGCACUUUGGCCGUAACUUUGUUGUGCAUGAGUCCCGUAGAUAUGUUUGCUUUUGGUAGAUAUGAUUGCUUUUGGUCGUAA